CGAAACCCGCCCGAACCGAACCCGUUGCUAUCCCACACUCUCUGCUUCCAAAAGCCACCAUCAGCGCAUCUCCUCCCUGCUGAUGCCCAGCGCCGCAUACCAUCAAUUGGCUUCUCCUUCUCCUUCGUCGCUCAUCCCGUCUUGUCCCUGCAAUCCAUUGCCCAGGCUCCCCUCUCACGACCGCUAACCUCUCUCUCGUUCACCCUCUUUGUUCAAACAAUAGACGCAUCUCUCUCUGGCCGUCGAUUCUCUGUAUUCGCCAGUAGCAGCAAAUCGGCGUCGCCGCAUAGACCACCGCAUAGAUCUCACGCUAGCUUUCCUUCUCUUCGUUAAUAAGAUUCUUGUUUCCUCACAUUCUUACGAACUCUGUAGACGAAGGAGGAGGAAAGAGAGGAGAAAUGUGGAGGUCAAUUGUUAGAACUGCACUCGUGAAUAGCAAAAGGCAGCACCUAUCAAAUGAAAGGACUGAACCCAUCAUUUUAUCAUUAUCACCUGCAGCAAAGCUGACACUAGAACACGACCAAUACUGCUGUUACUCCUCCAAGGCACCAAAAGCAUCAGUGCCUAAAGGGAAAAAGGGCAAUACAGGCAAGACUAAACCUAAAGGCUCCGAUUCCCCUGUCACUGGCACUGGAGCCGAGAUUGACUCAACCAAUGUUGAGGACUAUGACGCAGCCCGUGCACUUAAGCUUGCCGAGGAUGAGAAGGACCCAUCACUUGACGUGGCUUCCAACAACCGCCCACUUUUCACCUCCAUUCCUUCCCUCUCCCUUCUCUCCCGCAGGGACACCUGCUCCUACUUCAAGUUCAGGGAAAAGGGAUUGAAAGCAGUGUUGCCUGAUGGUCUGCCUGCAGGCAUGGACUUGGAAUUUAAGGAUUCAAUGAGGCCAUCAUUGCUUGUGCGACAAAGUUUCUUGGAUCUUCGUGAUAAUUUCAGGCGUAUUGUUGAUCCUCCAACGUGGUCAACUGAUAGUAAAGCUCCAAAAGUUAGGAAGCAGAUUGUCUUGGAUGGUCCUGUUAACUGUGGAAAGAGUAUUGCCUUGGCAAUGCUCGUUCAUUGGGCUCGUGAUGAGGGUUGGUUGGUUUUGUAUGCCCCUAGAGGCCGAGAAUGGACUCAUGGAGGAUUUUUCUAUAAAAAUCCUCAAACAGGUCUUUGGGACACUCCCGUACAGGCUGAAAAUGUGCUCAAGGAUUUUCUGAAAUAUAAUGAACCUCGCUUAAGACAGCUACGAUGCCAAAUAUUUGAUCCUAUACCCCUAGGAGAGGGUGCGGGUGUUGGAUGGAUGAAAGGAGCUGACACCAUGUUAGUUCCUGAAGGAUCAACUAUAUAUGAUCUGGUGCAUAUGGGAGUUCAGAGCACACACGCAGCUGUUGGAGUGGUUGUUCGAUUGAGGAAAGAGUUAUCUUUGGUGAAAGAUAUCCCUGUGCUCAUUGCUAUUGAUCAAUACAACAACUGGUUUACAUUCAGUGAAUAUCAGGAGCCAGUAACACCUCGCUCUUGUCGCUCAAUACAUGCUAGAGAACUUUCAUUGGUGAAUGCCUUUAGGUCCAUGAUGCAUGAUGAUAUGAUGGUGGGUGCUUUCUCGCAUUCAACAGCUGUCGGAAAGCUACGGAAAGAAUUACCAGAUGUUCCUACAGAUGCUCGCGUUAAUCUCCCCCGGUAUAAUUUAGAUGAGGCAUCCGCGGUUUGCCAUUACUACCUUAGGCAAAGACUAGUACGUCGCGAAGUAUUUUCAGAGGAGAGCUGGAAGAAGAUAUACUAUUUAUCCAACGGGAACGGAGCUGAGAUGAGGUGGUUGGUUCCACUCAUGCGGUGACAUUCUGGAAGGCAAUACUAGAGAAAGAUGCUUUUCUAAUCUGUUUGCUAUCUUGGUUUAUCUUUCCUCUUUUAUGCAGCUUAACGUUGAAUCCUCGGCAAUGCCAAGGAAAGAUACCUGUUUACCAGCUUUCUUCCAAGUCUGUUUUUUAUUUAUCCUAAUAGGACAAUGUAACAUAUGUAGAUAAGGCAGAGUUUUUACCAUUUUAGGUCCCAGUUUAGAAGACUAAUUAUGGGACAGACAGUACACUUGGCAAUUCAAUCAUGGGUUACAAAUCUUGAAUAACCAAUUGCACGUCUGCUUUGUAGAAUGUUGCGAGGAAUAAAUGCCUGUUUUAUUGUCUUUUUC